AUAUCGGCACUGUUUGAGGAAGUGGCUCGUCUGCGGACGGCCAUCGCAAACAUCCAGGAGUCGCACAACCUACAGAUCCAGCGGUUAGAGGACCGCCUCGAGGAAAAGCGGCAGCACAUUGUGCGGUUAGAGUCCCGUAUCGAGAAGCAGUCUGACUUCGACGAUCUGAAGAAGGAAAACAACAUACUUCGAUCGGUGGAUUUGAGCUCACCGCACGACUCCAAGCAAUUCCAGGAACUGCUGCUCGAACGGACCAAAGCCCUGGCGGCUCAAACCGAGGCGAUCAAAUCGUCCAACUCCGAAGGAUCCCCAUCGAGCGGUCAGCCGAAGCCCGCUUCGUCGCCAGCGACGAGCAGCUGCAGCACCGCUACGAACGUCCCUCACGCUAUUAACGCUUGUAACGCUAGUAACGACCCACCCAAUAGCAUCAGCAAUAGCACUGCUACCAACGCCUCUAGCACUACCACUUGCAACAACGACAGUCAGAAUGUCACCAACUGUAGUAGCACUAGUAGUAAUGACAUCAACCAAGCUCCGAGUCGGCCGGUAUCGAGUCCAACUAUCGUGCCGCCGUCUCCGACGGGUCCCGCAGUCCCGACCCCGACUCCGACUCCCACCGGUGGCAACAGUCUUGCUCAGCUCAACUCCUUCCUUUCACCAGCUUUGGCAAACGUAGAACAGUUUGGUUCGUUUUUGGGUGAAGAGAUCGUCAGCACAUGGCGACGUGGUCUGGAGUUGCCGCCUCCUCCACCGGGACUGGCAGCGGCAGCAGCAGCCGCAGCCGCCGCAGCAGCUGCUCGCAACCAUCCACAGCUACUAAUGAACCAUCAUCAUCCUCCCACAGAUCUUACCCAUCACGAGCAGGACAAAGCUAGCUCCCAUCAUGAUAACUCCUCCAGCGCUAGCACGCCAAUUCUGCAAGACACCUCCCGCCACGAAGAGCACAUGAACGGCGGAGGCUACACGCCAAUGCGGAUGUCCAAGAGUCCACUUGAGGACAACAACAACACCUUGGGACCGCUCUCACAUGCAGGCCCCGGCCUAAUACAAGGCCUGCCCUUCCAAUUCCAAGAGCGAGGUCAUUUUCGUUUUGCCGAAGACCUGCAGCUACCCCCGGGAUCGAUGGCCGGACGCCUGGGCGACUCGCUCAUCCCCAAGGGAGACCCCAUGGAAGCCAAGCUGCAGGAAAUGCUCCGUUACAACAUGGACAAAUACGCCAAUCAGAAUCUAGACACGCUGCACAUCUCGCGGCGAGUCCGCGAACUACUCUCCGUGCACAACAUCGGCCAGCGGCUGUUCGCCAAGUACGUCCUCGGGCUAUCGCAGGGAACCGUAUCCGAACUGCUCUCCAAACCGAAGCCAUGGGAUAAGCUCACCGAAAAAGGCCGCGACAGCUACCGAAAGAUGCACGCCUGGGCGUGCGACGAGAACGCUGUGCUGCUCCUCAAGUCGCUGAUCCCGAAAAAAGGUUCAGAUCCCGGAAUGCCUUCGUUCGGAAGACCCGAGGGUUCGGACAUGAAUGACGACCGCAUCCAUCACAUCCUGUCCGAGGCUCAAUCGAUGAUCAAGCGAGACUCGCAGGAUCUCGUAACGCCUCAGCACCCGUCUCAGCAGAUGCACCACCAACAGCUUCAGCUCCAGCAAUCACUUCUCGAUGACUCGCAACACAGUGAUAAUGACUCGAAGUCUCCGCACCACCGGGACGUCCAGUCGCCAUUCGCCAAAGAUUACCUUAGCCGACGCGCAGGCCCCAGGAACAACGAUUACAUCCCCCAGGACAAGAUCGCCAAGAUCUACCAGGAGGAGUUCUCCAAGCUGAUGCGGAGUCCGCGGGAGUUCCCAAAUUUCCUUUUCCCUCACUUCCUCGGCGGUGGAAUGCCACCGAUGGAACGCCUCCAGGACGACAACAUCCGCAUGGCAUUGGAGGCCUACCACCGCGAGCUGGCGAAAUUGCAGCAAAACGCGUCCUCUGGAGCCGGCCUUCCCAACAUGCCGAACAUCUCUAAUCUGCCGAACUUCCUUGCCCUCCAUCAACAGCAGCAAGCUCAACAGCACGCUGCCCAGCAACAGCAACAACAGCAGCAAAAUCAGCAGGCCGGUCUCAACGGAUCGAUCCAGGAUCUCUCACUCCCAAAGGAAAAGCAGUCGUCGAACAAACUCAACGGUUCGAUGACCGACUUGGAAAGCGAGAUCGACGCUGCCAACAAGGAAGUAGACGAAGCCAUGAAGCACAGCGCCUUCAGCUUAGUCAAGCCAAAGCCAGAACCUGGAACCUGCACUCCAACGACCACAGCUUCAUCUGCCCCAAGUCCCAUCAGCAACAGCAUCCUGCCACCGGUGAUUCCUCCAUCGGAAGACAUGUCCGUCACUGUCAGUCCCCUCCAGCGAAUGGCCUCCAUCACAAACUCCCUCAUCACACAACCACCAGUCACUCCACAUCACUCGUCCCAGCAACGACCACUUAAAGCCAUCCUUCCGCCCAUCACACAACAGCAGUUCGACCUGUACAACAACCUCAACACCGAAGACAUUGUCCGACGUGUCAAGGAAUCCCUCUCGCAAUACUCCAUCAGUCAACGACUCUUUGGCGAAUCCGUACUCGGUCUGUCGCAGGGCUCCGUCAGUGACCUGCUCGCCCGACCCAAACCUUGGCACAUGCUCACCCAAAAGGGCCGAGAACCCUUCAUCCGCAUGAAGAUGUUCUUGGAAGACGACAAUGCCGUUCACAAGCUAGUCGCCAGUCAGUACAAGAUCGCUCCGGAGAAGCUCAUGCGAACCGGCAACUACAGCGGUUCUCCUCAAAUCCCCGGCAUGAUGGUCAAACAGAUGCCUCCUCUGCCCAAAAUGCUAAGCGACUCCAUCAACAAACUCCAGCAAGACCAAAAGACGCUCCUCCAGCUGCAAAUGUCCCAAAUGCAACAGAUGCCACCGACGUCGCAAGCUCAGCAACUCCAGCACCACCAACAGCAACUCCACCAACAACAGAUGGCAGCAGCAGCGGCAGCCGCCCAACAUCACGCUCAACAAGAAGCUGCCGCCCGCCAACAACAACAGCAGCAACCACCCUCCUCCCAACCAUCCCCCAUCCCUCCUCAACCACAGUCCCUCCAACAACAAGCCAACCAACAGCGACAGCAGCCGUCCCCUCAAACGAUGCUGCUGACACCACCCGGCAUUCCACCGCAACAUGCCAUUCCUCUUCAAACCUCCGGCGGCCCGCUCGUCAGCGGCCUGGACAAGAAGCCCCCAAUCAUGCUCGGCGUCCACUCGCCGCAACAAACGUCCACCCCGGCCAGUCACCAACAACAACCCGGACCGCCACCCGGUGUCAACUCCAUGCGGGGCGCCCUCCACCAGCACAUCUCACCCACCGUGUACGAGAUGGCUGCCCUGACGCAGGACCUGGAUACCCAAACGAUCACCACCAAGAUCAAGGAAGCGCUGCUCGCGAACAACAUCGGCCAGAAGAUCUUCGGCGAAGCCGUUCUCGGUCUCUCGCAAGGCUCUGUCUCUGAACUGCUUUCGAAGCCGAAGCCAUGGCACAUGCUUAGCAUCAAGGGCCGAGAGCCCUUCAUCCGGAUGCAGCUGUGGCUAAGUGACUCCAACAACGUCGAACGGCUACAGAUGCUCAAGAACGAGCGCCGCGAGGCCAGCAAGCGGCGACGUUCGACCGGGCCCGGAGCGCAAGACAACAGCUCCGACACCAGCAGCAACGACACCUCCGAGUUCUACCACUCCAAUUCGCCCGGACCGGGAUCAGUCGGUUCCGGCGCGGCACCCCCGAACAAAAAACAGCGCGUCCUCUUCUCCGAAGAACAGAAGGAAGCGCUCCGGCUGGCGUUUGCCCUGGAUCCCUACCCGAACGUACAAACGAUCGAGUUCCUGGCGACGGAACUUGGUCUUUCCACCCGAACCAUCACCAAUUGGUUCCACAAUCACCGGAUGCGACUGAAACAGCAGGUCCCCCAUGGGCAACCCAGCGAGCCGAUUCCCUCCCGAGAAAACCAAUCCGGAGCGCCCUUCGAUCCGGUGCAGUUCCGAUUACUGCUCAGCCAACGGUUGAUGGAAAUCCAGAAGGAACGCAUGGGUCUGAGCGGAGUUCCGCUGCCCUACACGCCGUACUUUGCCGCCAAUCCCAAUCUAGCGGCCCUAAUCGGGCGAGGAUUCAUCCCCGGAGACGUGGACUUGGCAGCGCUGAACAAAGCCGUCAGCGAACAGAUGAGCGGCUUGGAUCUUUCGAUGCCAUCGUCGGUCAAGCGGGAAGGCGAAGAAGAGUUCGACGAGGACGGCGAAAGCGGUCACAUGAGCGAUUCGGAAUCCGUGGAUGGAGGAUCGCGGAGGGGAGGAGAUGGUGACGAUCACUCGGCAGCAAGUUUGUCGCUGGCCCAAGCCAUGAGUGCAAUGUCUCGGUUAAACCGAAGGAAACCGGCCGCUCCACAGUGGGUCAACCCGGACUGGCAGGACGACAAGAAUCCGGGAAUGCCAGGCGGUGAAAAGAAAGACGGCGAUCUGUUGAACGGCGUAUGCAUGAUGCCAUCCGAAGGAGUUCAAUCGGUUCAGCAACGGUUUGUGGCCGCAAUGGCUGCGGCGGCAGCGGCAGUGGCGGCGGCUGCGUCCGGUGCAAGUGAUAACGAACAGGACGAUGCCAAAUCGACGCAUUCCAAGCAGUCGAUGGACGAACAGCAGCAGCAGCAGGGCUCGGAAGAGGAGGCCCGUGAAGAAGAUAAGGACGAUUCGGCGGUGAGUGUGGCAUCGACGGCAGGUGGUGAAAACGGUGGGGAGGGGUCCGAAAAGGACAAGGAUCUGGUUCAGGUCAAAACGGAACUGAUGGAGGAAACCGAGCGGUGGGAAUAUUAAAUUCGUGUAAAGGACCGGUUAUGAACCGAUCCGAGUAGGCGGCGGCGAAGACGACGGCGGCUGCCAUGGUAAGCUGUCAAAUCAGUCAGUGUGCAAUCGAAAAUAGCUAAACAAAACAACGCGCAAACAAAAAUGCGGGAAAUAAGCAUGGAAAAAGUCCGAUCCGGAUGGACGAAAAUGUGAUUUUAAAACAAAUAUGGGAAGAAUGUCUCGAUGAACUCUUCUGUUUUAUCUUUGUUAUACAAUUUGUUUUAUGCGAAUGGAUGCUCGUACUAUUUUCUUUUUUCCUAAGAUAAGCUCUAAAAUCUAUAUAAUUCUCUGACUGCGAUCCAACUUCCUCAGUUGUAAACAAAUGUUUAUAUAUUUUAAAUCUUGGUUUUCUGUUCCAUUGUACAUAUUUUAUCUUGAGCCGAUAGGGAUAAGUUUUUUCCUUCUUUUGAACUAUCAAUAUAAGAAGACUGUUGAAACAAGUUUUAAAUAUAAUAUCGAUGAUUAUAAAGUGAAAGAAAUAGCGUAGAUUUUAAGCCACUAGCGUAACUUUUAAGAGAGGGAUAAACACAUUUUUACAUUAGGAUUAUCGAACGGAAUCGAACAAACCCUUCUACUUUUCUGUUUUAGUUGUAUGAGGGAUGAGUUUUUCUCCAAAUUGCAUUUACUUCUACCUAUUUCGAGUCUAAGCGCUAUUAUAGGGCAUAUUUGAUAAACUUUAACGUACUUAUAGGUAAAUAAUGCUAGCGAUAAAUAUGUGUCUCCCCCUCUGCUGAACAAGAGUCCCCAAGUCACGGUGUUUCAUUUAUCGAUUUUAUCUAACAAAACCUGUGCAUUAAGACAGCUAUACAAAGAUGUAAAUGGAAUUUACGUUUUGAUGGUAUAUUUUUGUCAUAUAAAAUCGAUAAAUGAAGCACCGCGCCUAUGUUUUUCCCGCAUCAGGAGAGCAAAAAGGAAAUCAAAAUGUCUUAAAUUAUGUGGGAACUUAUCGUGAACGGAGAAUCAAAAUGUUAGAAAACGAACAACCGACCGGAAGUAGCUUGAAUGUAAAUAAUUCAAAACAAAUAUGGAGAAAUUCCCAUCAAAGUGAAAACAAUAUACAUAUGCAUAGAGAAGCAGACACAUACACCCACACUCACAAACACAAGUAAUGGAAAAAAGGCCAAAUAUUUAGCAGAUAGUGAUAAAAUCAUUAAAAGUAGCGAAAAUUUUAAGUUUUCUGUAAAUUUUCUUCUACAAAGUUUUUAUUAAGCCGUAGCAAUUAUUUAUUAGCAUGUCUUCUUUUUGUUUUAGCUGCAAAUCAAGUUAAGAAUCGCGAAAAUUACAGGAUUUUAGAAACUCAAUACAAUGUACACUCACACAUAUAAUUACUGCAUUAAAGUCAACCGAUGAUAAUGAUGGAACAGCUAAAGUUCAUAAAUUUGCAUAAGAAACGAUCUCAAAACCAACCAAAUAUAUUUAAAAAACAAACAAACAGCAAGUAAAGAUGAACCGAGCAAAUCUCACACAGUGUUGGGGAAAACACCAAACACAGAACGAGUGCAUUUCUACAAGAAUGGGAAAGCGGAGCAGUCAAAUCUCCCUUCUGCCAAUCGAGGUUGUCGGUCGGCGGUGUAAAUCUUUUGUAAAUAUUAUUUCCUCUCAGUUGUGAAGGCUCAGCACAAAUCGAACGCAAACUUUGCUUGUUUUGAACAUCUCAGAAAGCGAAGACAAACCGCGCAAAACGCAUAUCCGAAUUUAAUGGAAACAACAGAAUUAAAAGAAAACGUAAACGAAUAUUUAUUCACCACUUUUAGAACGUACAGAAAUCAUAGAGGAAGCAUUAAUUUCAACAACGUGUAAAAAGCUAACAAUUUUACUGGAAAAGAAACAAAAGGAACCACAAUCCUUGCAAGUUAUCAUCAAUCAGCAACAGAAACAUUAUAACCAAUGUAGAUUAAAAACCGAAGAUCAAAAUUUGCUGCUAAAUUGGGUUUCUUUGAAGUUCUUUUCUGGAUCGCGUGAAUCAUUCAUUCGUGAAACGCGACGUUUAUUUUCUCAGUGUAGGACGGCGCCUGUCGCACGUUUCGUCGAUGGCUCCUUCGAUGUAGGGAAAGCGCAACCGGUGGGAAAAUAAGACGAGUAAAAACAAUCAAAUUGUUUAAAUAAACAUAAAAUUUAACCGAAAUAGCUAGGAAUGUGAAUUUUAUAUUACAAAACUGGGAAUGCAAAUCAAGGAGAGCAUAAAUCAUGGAAACCGGAGCUGGAGAUAUUCAGAGCAUUGGAACACACGGUAAUUUGAGAAACAGGAAAAUUGCAAUACGUAAACAAGCAUACAUUCAAGUGAACAUGAAAAUUUGAAGAUCAUACAUUCAGAAAAAAAAACACUAACUUGAAUAUAAAAAAAUGCGCUGGUAGUUCAAAUGUUUAUUUUUUCUAGUUUUCCUGGGAGUUCAAAAUUUUCGUUUUCAAUCAAUCAUUUAAUGGACAAAGCUUCGAACUUUUUUUUUAAUUUUUCAGUAAGGGUGCAGUGCGCUUUACAAAAGCCUGUUUAAAACCUCCCGGAUUCAAACUAAGUUUUGAUCCGGAAAUCGAAAGAUUUAAUGUGUUAACUUUUAACUGUCGUUCCAUAUUUUCUGUUUCCUACUUUCUUUUCUAUUUUUGCUAGUAAAACCUUGUUUUUACAAAACAUUUUGUUUUAUUGGACAAAAAUUGCCGUAACUAGGGACACAUCUUUGUAGAUAAUCCGAGAAGCAGUUGUUUAUGUCUCCUUCUCCAAAUAAUAAAAAAAGAAAUCAUCAAUCAGAAUUUAAUCGCAAAGCAGAGACAUUGUAAAUUAAUUGUGUCUAUAAAUCCGCUGAGUAAUGGUAUUGGAGCAGAAUAGUUGCGGUCCAGGAAAAUUAAAGUUCAUUAGCUCUGGAGCCAUCAAACAGGAGACACACAAUUUCCGAGAUUGUGCACUCGAAUAGCGUACGAUAGGAAGAGAAUCGUUAUAAAACAGAACUGCUAGUGGAAAAAAGAAAAACAAGAA